UGGAAAAAAGGCUGGCAGUAUAAAGAGGAGAAUGGAUGUCUAUCUGUUGACACUUGUCGCCGCGGCGAUUGUUGGACUAAUUGUCAUAUGUACCGCUUUCUUACAAGCCCGCGGUAGAGUAGUACCAGACGCUGCUGCGGUGCAAGCUGGACGAUUGAGACCAUUGAGACGGGUAGCUGUCGGGAGAGAUCUCAGACGUCGUAUGCGAGACUUUGGUACUCAUCGGCCCGAGGAGUACGACAAUCCACUCGACCGACGUAACAACAACGACGACGACGAUAACGAUGCAGAUGACAAGGCAAACUUGCCAGAUCACAAGAUAGGAGCGAAAAGACGGGCGAAGCUAGCGGCUAAGGCCGAAAAGAAGGUCCAGAGAUUGACGGCUGAGCGGGACAAAAUGGAACGGUUGAGACGAGAACAACAUUUGAAAGAGGAAAGGGACAGACAGGCUGAGGAGGAACAAGCUCAACAACUACGAGCGGAGCAAGUGGAAAAGAAGGCCAGGGAGGAAAAGGAGAGGCAAGAACACGAGGAAUAUUUAAAGAUUAAGGAAGCCUUUAGCGUCGAGGAGGAGGGUUACGAGCAGGAAAAUGGGGACGACGAGGAGAACCUGUUGCAACAAUUUCUCGCGUAUAUCAAGAUGAAUAAAGUACUGCUUUUGGAAGAUCUAGCUGCACAUUUUGGGCUCAAGACAGCAAGCGUGGUAGAGAGAAUUCAACAACUGCAAGCCAAUGGUAGUUUAACCGGCGUAAUUGACGACAGAGGAAAGUUUAUUUAUAUAUCGGAACAUGAGCUUGAGGCUGUUGCUAAAUUUGUGCGGCAACGUGGUCGAGUUAGUAUCACCGAAUUGGCUGAAAAUUCCAAUAACCUCAUUAAUUUGGCUCCUGCUGAGAGUUGUAGCGUUUCAGCUAGUUAGAUAAGUUGUAUAUAUUUUAUAUCGUGACACACGAUGGCUGUAUAAAUGCAACUACUUGAGUAA